CAAGGCGGAACCCAUAUAUCAAUACUGUUUCCUUUAGGACUGUUUAUAAAGUUACACCCGCUGCACGAUACAGGUCAAAUGUCUACCUGUCUUUACACAGACAUAUCAACAACAUGACGGCUGUGUGCGGUUCCGCUCGGUUCCGGUUGAUCCAGUACCGUAGUGCUGUGAGGAGAGUCGUGAUGCAGCAGGGCCGAACCGUCUGCGCUCACACUCACGGAUCUGCUGGAGAUAUCAGAGAAAAGCUGCGGGCAUUUCCAGGAGGAUCCAUAGACCUUACGAAACAAGAGUCAGGCAUCGCCGUGAUGACUCUUAAUAACCCAGCACGCAUGAAUGCUUUCUCAGGCAGCAUGAUGCUUGAACUGGAGGAGCGGGUUCAUGAACUUGAGAGCUGGUCUGAAGGGAAAGGGCUCAUUGUACAGGGAGCUGCUGGAACCUUCUGCUCUGGAUCAGAUCUGAAUGCAGUCAGAGCCAUAGCAAACCCACAGGAUGGUAUGCAGAUGUGUGAGUUUAUGCAGAACACUCUGUCAAGACUCCUCAGGUUGCCACUUAUCUCAUUGGCACUGAUUGAAGGAAGAGCAUUGGGUGGCGGAGCAGAACUCACCACCGCCUGUGACUUCAGGUUGAUGACAUCUGAUGGAGUUAUCCAGUUUGUCCAUAAGUAUAUGGGAUUAGUACCAGGAUGGGGAGGAGCUGCAAGGCUAGUUCGUAUUGUUGGCACCCAGAAUUCCCUGAAACUGCUUGGGGGGGCCAGAAAGGUUGAUCCAGACUUUGGAAAACAGAUUGGACUGAUCGAUGAGGUGCUUCAUUGCUCUUCUGGGGAUGGAAAUACGCUGACUCAGGCAGAGCAGUGGCUAAGUGAGUUUAUCAAGGGCUCGGCGCCUGUGAUCAGAGCAGUUAAAAGAGUUGUUAUCUCAGGACGAGAGCUAGCGCUGGACGAGGCUCUUACAGCUGAGAGAAAUGUGUUUGGGACAGUAUGGGGUGGUCCAGCCAAUCUUGAGGCGCUGGCUAUGAAAACAAAACAUAAAUGACUGAAAACAUCUUUGGUUAACAAAGUAAAACUUGUUUGAAGAACGUGUAUGGUCAGACUAUAUACUUAAAUUAGAAAGAAGAAACCUGGAGUGCUUUGCUGGGUCCACAUUCAAACACUGCUAAAUCCAUCUGAUUCCUGCUUUUCUUGUGCUAUUUGAUUUUAAUUAAACUCUGAUCCCAUAAUAAUUGUGUAAAACAUCAAACAUGUUUUUAUUUGUUUAUUAGUAGAGCAACAAAGCAUUCUAGCACUACCAGCAGAUAUUGUUUUAGUGAACAUUACUGUAGUCUCACGUUUUGUCCUUAGGAGUGAAAGUCAAUGUGGUCUGCUGCUGCUGUAGCUCAUUUGAUUGUAACAAAUGGUUAUUUCAGCAUGACCUGGGUGUCAGGGUCUUUGUGGGCAAGGAGAUUAAAUCCACCUUGUCCUCCCGUUAUACCAGGGGUGGGCAGACUAUACAGCGGUAUGGGAUCAGAAUGGUUUCUUUAUUCUGAAUAAAUAUACAAUGAUCCACAAAUAAAUAGAGUUUCACAAAUAUUUUUUAAAUCCACAAAUGCACAAUAAGCAAACUAUAAAUAUAUAUUACACAUUUUUAUAAAAAGGAAUGAAAUUCACAAAUAAAUAAAAUGGGAUUUGCAAAUAAAAAAUAUUUAUAAAUAUAUUUUAAUUGUAUUUAUAUGUGAAUGGCUUCCUGUGCUUUUGUGGAUCAAAGUCUGUGCAUUUGUGAAUCACUGCAUGCAUUUUAAACAUUUCUAAUGUAAAGAUAUGAAGGUAAAUCAGUAGCAAAACUUAAGAGCUUGUAAAUUUUAAUUUGAGAACUUGAAAAAUAAAUAUUUGCACAUGUA